AUUACGCAGACAUGGGGGAGUAUUUGCAGGACUGGUACGAAUCGUCCACGUUCCAGAGAGAUCUAAAGGACCUUCUGAGACAGCUACAGCCCCUGUACUCCCAGCUCCACGCCUACGUGAGGGCCCGCCUACAGGAACAAUAUCCCCAGCAGCGCUUCCCCAAGUCCGGCCAUAUUCCAGCACAUAUCCUCGGAAAUAUGUGGGCUCAAAACUGGGAAAACGUGUACCACAUAGUUCAGCCUUAUAAAGAUAGACCGGAAAUCGAGGUUACAUCUUCACUCAAAAAUCAGAACUACAACGCGACAGAAAUAUUCAGGACAGCAGAACAGUUUUUCACCAGUCUGGGAUGGCCCUCUCUGCCACACAGCUUCUGGGAAAAGUCAAUGUUGACAAAACCAACAGACGGCCGAAAAGUCGUGUGUCAUCCGUCGGCAUGGGAUUUUGGCAACAGCAAAGACUUUAGGAUAAAGAUGUGUACCGCCAUCACGAUGCCUGAGCUGAUUGUUGUCCACCAUGAGAUGGGACACAUUAUGUAUGACAUGUUAUAUAAAGACCAGCACAUCACGUUCAGGGAAGGGGCAAACCCGGGUUUUCAUGAAGCCAUUGGAGAUUUGAUAGCUCUGUCGGUGUCAACGCCUUCUCAUCUGAAGAAGAUUGGCCUGCUGGACCGUGUACAGAACGACACAGAGAGCGAUCUGAACUUUCUGAUGGCACAAGCUCUCCGGAAGAUAGCCUUCAUUCCCUUUGGUUACCUGAUUGACCAAUGGCGAUGGAGCGUGUUUAGCGGGAACACUACGGACUCUAACUACAACAAACACUGGUGGGACCUCAGAUCCGCCCUAAAGCUUGGCUCAUCUAGACCAUGGCCAGAAGUUCUCAAGGUCUUAACUGGGACAUCUAAAAUGGAUGCAGGGCCUUUGAUGGAAUACUUUGCCCCUCUUAUUGAAUGGUUAAAGAACAAAAACGAACAAGAUGGAAAUACCCCCGGCUGGGCCCCAUACGGAUGCCCGUCUCUAAGGACAGGGCGGGUUGGGGAUGAAGAAGCAGCCCGAAGGUUCGCCAGAGACUUUAAUGACUUGGCAGAGACUCAAUACAGCAAGGACGCGGAGGUCAACUGGCAAUAUAACACAAAUAUUACAGAGUACAACCAACAACAAGUAGUUAAAUCUAGUGUGGAGAUGGCCGAAUUCAAGAAAGAAAUGGCAGACCUAGUUACUCUUUAUGACUGGCAACAGUUUGAAGACGAAGAUUUAAAAAGAUUGUUCAGUAAAAUCACCGACAUAGGGACUUCAGUCCAGGAAGAUACAGAUAAACUAGCUCAGAUGAACCAGGCAGGGUCAGAGAUGGAAUCUAUCUACAGCACAGCUAACGUUUGUCUGAGUGAUGGAUCGUGUCAUCAAAUAGAACCUGGUCUAACUGAGAUCCUGGCAACGUCUACGAACUACAGUCUCUUGACGGAAGCGUGGAAACUCUGGCGAGAUGCGACUGGAAAGAAAAUGAAACCCAAGUACAAAACACUUGUGGGUUUAAGUAAUGAAGCCAUCAGACUAGCAAAUUUUUCUGACAUUGGCGCUUAUUGGCGAUCAUGGUACGAGACACCAACGUUUCAGAAAGAUUUAGAAAAAUUACUGGACGAGCUCAAACCCCUGUAUGAAAAUUUACAUGCAUAUGUCAGAAGGAAGCUAAAAAUGAUUUACAAAAAUGAUGAGGAUAAGUUUCCGAAAUCUGGUCACAUCCCAGCCCAUCUACUAGGUAACAUGUGGGCCCAACAAUGGAAUAACGUGGGUAAAUUUGUCAUGCCAUAUCCUGACAAACAAAGUAUUGACGUCACACCAAAACUGAAGGAAAAGGGAUACAAUGCCAAGAAACUGUUUGAAAUCUCGGAGGAGUUUUUUGCGUCUUUGGGAUUAAUUAAGAUGCCGGACAGUUUCUGGGCAGACAGCAUGAUAACUAAACCCGCUGACAGAGAAGUGGUGUGUCACGCCUCGGCUUGGGACUUCUACAACAGAAAGGAUUUUAGAAUAAAAAUGUGCACUAAUAUAAAUAUGGAGGACCUAAUUACAAUUCACCAUGAAAUGGGACACAUUGAAUACUUCCUACAAUACAAAGACCAGCCUCUAUCCUACAGGGACGGCGCUAAUCCAGGCUUCCACGAAGCAGUUGGUGACGUCAUGGCUCUAUCUGUCUCUACACCAGAACACCUUCAUGAAAUAGGUCUCCUGGACAAACUAGAAAACGACACAGAGACUGAUCUGAAUUUCUUGAUGUCGAUGGCCCUUGAGAAGAUUGCUUUCCUCCCGUUCGGGUAUCUUAUUGACCAGUGGCGAUGGAGUGUGUUCAGUGGGGAUACGUCAUACACAGACUACAAUAAAAAGUGGUGGGAACUUAGAUGCAAGCACCAAGGUAUUGCUCCACCUGUGCAGAGAUCGUCGGACGAUUUUGACCCAGGUGCUAAAUACCAUGUACCAGCCAACGUCCCCUAUAUCAGGUAUUUUGUUAGCUUUGUGAUUCAGUUCCAGUUUCACCAGGCUCUGUGUAAGGCAGCGGGCAAGACUACGGUUCCACUUCACAGAUGUGACAUUUACAAAUCAAAGAAAGCAGGACAAAAAUUAAGUGACAUGCUGAAAUUAGGAUCUUCCGUGUCCUGGCCAGAGGCAAUGGAGAAAAUUACCGGACAGCGUGAAAUGAGUGCAGAACCUUUAAUGGAGUACUUCAAGCCUUUGACAGACUGGCUGAAGAAAGAGAACGAAGGAGAAGACUUAGGAUGGACAGAAGCGUGCCCAGGGUCUGGACGGAGUGGACACGGAGAUGACCCCUCGGGAUGGUUAGAGGAGUACAACAAGGCGGCACAACAACGGAUUUAUGAAGAGACGGAAGUGGAGUGGAAUUAUGCGACAAAUAUCACAGACGAAAAUUCAAAGAAACUGGUUGACGCAAGGUUAAAGAAAGCGAAAUUUGAAAAGGAGGCGGCUCAAAAUGCAUCUCUGUUGUUAAAAGAAUACGAUUCCAGUCUGACUACAAUCGAGAAAAGGGAACUGAAGAAAAUAUCCAUAAUAGGAACAGAGGCAUUAAAAGACGAGUCAAAAUUAAAGCAGUUAAACACUUUACAAUCGGAGAUGGAAGGAAUAUACGGCAAAGCCAAAGUUUGUGUAGAAAAGGAGAAAUGUCUGUCUCUUGAGCCAGACAUCUACCAUAUUGUGGCGACCUCCCGGAAUUACUCAGAACUUGAAUUAGUGUGGAAAGGUUGGAGAGAUGCCAGUGGGAGGAGGAUGAAGGAUAAAUACGAACAAUUUGUGGCCCUCAGCAAUCAGGCGAUACAGGAUUUAGAUCAAGGGUUUAAUGACACUGGCGACUACUGGCGAUCGUCUUACGAGAGUCCCACAUUUAAGGAGGAUUUAGUUAGUUUGUUGGAGGAGCUCAAACCCCUGUAUCAGGAACUACACACUUACGUCAAAAAGAAGCUCAUCCAGCUCUAUGGAGCGGAAAGGUUUCCCAAAACUGGACAUAUCCCCGCUCAUCUUCUAGGAAACAUGUGGGCCCAGCAAUGGAACAAUAUCUAUGAUAUAGUUAUUCCAUUCAAAAAUAAAACACGUGUGGACGUUACUCCGACCAUGAUAGCUAAGCAUUAUAACGCAACGAAGAUGUUCCGCGUUUCUGAGGAGUUCUUUAUUUCCCUUGGACUGAAGCCUAUGCCUCAGACAUUCUGGAACAAGUCAAUGAUAGUUAAACCGCCCGGCCGUGAGGUGGUAUGUCACGCCUCGGCCUGGGACUUCUAUAAUCAGAAGGAUUUCAGAAUUAAGAUGUGUACAGCUGUAAAUAUGGAGGAUCUGAUAACUAUACACCAUGAAAUGGGACACAUCCAGUAUUACCUACAGUACAAAGAUUUACCGGUCAAAUUCAGAAGAGGAGCCAAUUCUGGUUUUCAUGAAGCAAUCGGGGACACAAUGGCUCUUUCUGUUUCUACUCCUAAACACCUACAUAGAAUCGGGCUAUUGGAUGAAGUUCAAAACGAUACAGAAGCUGAUAUUAAUUUCCUGAUGAAGAUGGCACUAGGGAAGAUUGCGUUUCUCCCCUUUGGGUACCUCAUCGACCAGUGGAGAUGGAGUGUUUUCAGUGGAGAGACGCCCAAAGACAAAUACAACCAAAAGUGGUGGGAACUGAGAUGUAAAUAUCAAGGUAUAUCUCCGCCAGUGGAUCGGUCAGAAGAGGACUUUGACCCCGGUGCAAAAUACCACAUACCAGCUGAUACACCAUAUAUUCGAUACUUCGUUAGCUUUGUACUACAGUUUCAGUUCCAUAAGGCACUCUGUGAAGCUGCAGGACAAACUGGUCCCUUGCAUCAGUGUGAUAUCUACCAGUCCAAGGAGGCAGGGAAGAAACUAGGGGACAUGCUCAAGUUAGGAUCUUCUGUUCCAUGGCAAACAACAAUGCAACAGUUAACAGGACAAAGUAAAAUGAGCGCAAGCGCAAUCAUUGAGUACUUUAAACCUUUAACUGAUUGGCUGAAAAAUCAAAAUGGAGACAGUGUCAAAGAAUGGCAGGAGAAAUGUCCCACAUAUUUAUCAGACGGCGAUAAAGCAGCAAAGGAAUGGUUAAAGGGAUAUAACGUAGCGGCACAGAAAGCUUAUUAUGAAGAAUCGGAGGUGGAAUGGUCUUACGCCACCAACAUUACUGACGAAAACGAAGAAAGGCAGAUAAAGGCCAGGCUAGAACUGGCUCAGUUAGAUAAAGAAUGGGCUAGGAACGCUUCGUCCAUUUUACGUGAACACAAAAUAUCAAAACUGACGGAUAGCGGGAGACAAUUGUCAAGCAUUUCUAAUAUAGGAAGCAGCGCUCUCAGGAAUCAAACGAUGCUUGAAAAUUUAAACAAACUUCAGUCAGAAAUUGAAGGCCUCUAUGGCAAGGCACAACUUUGUCUGAACAAUAAUCAAUGUCUGUCCCUUGAGCCAGACAUGUACAGAAUAAUGUCCACAUCGCGGAAUUUUACGGAGCUACAGACGAUCUGGAGAGGAUGGAGAGAUGUCAGUGGCAAGAAAAUGAAAGAAAAGUACGCAGAAUUCGUGAAACUGAGUAAUCAGGGAAUAAAGGAACUGGGAAGGGGUUAUAAGGACACUGGAGAUUACUGGAGAUCGUCAUACGAGAGUGAUACAUUCCAGGACGAUCUCCGAGAGCUGCUUGAGCACCUUAAACCUUUGUAUCAGGAACUACAUACAUACGUCAGAAAGAGGCUCCGUCAAUUCUACGGAGCAGACAAAUUCCCUAACUCAGGACAUAUACCGGCCCACUUACUGGGAAAUAUGUGGGCACAAGAAUGGCAGAAUAUUUAUGACCUCCUUAUACCAUUUAAAGGCAAAACUAACGUCGAUAUUACUCCUACAUUAAAAGCAAAAAAUUACACAGCACAUCGGAUGUUUAAAACAGCGGAGAGUUUCUUUAAGUCCCUCGGUUUGGAACCAAUGCCAGAACCGUUCUGGAAUAAGUCAAUGAUUGUGAAGCCUCCGGGACGGGAUGUCAUAUGCCAUGCUUCUGCCUGGGAUUUUUAUAAUCAGAAAGACUUCAGAAUUAAGAUGUGUACCGACAUAACAAUGGAAGAUUUGAUUACUAUUCACCAUGAGAUGGGACAUAUACAAUAUUAUCUACAGUACAAGAACUUAUCUGUGACCUACAGAAGUGGUGCUAAUCCAGGAUUCCAUGAAGCUAUAGGAGAUACUAUGGCCUUAUCAGCAUCAACACCGAAGCAUUUACACAAAAUAGGACUUCUGGAGAACCUGCAGAGUGAUCCAGAGACUGACUUGAACUACCUGAUGAAGAUGGCUCUGGAGAAGAUCGCCUUUCUUCCCUUUGGUUACCUGAUUGACCAAUGGAGGUGGAGCGUGUUCAGUGGGGAGACAACUCCGGAUUAUUACAACGAGAAAUGGUGGUCACUGAGGUGCAAAUAUCAGGGAAUCUCUCCACCAGUAAAAAGAACAGAAGAUGAUUUUGACCCAGGAGCCAAAUACCACAUUCCCUCCAAUACACCGUAUAUAAGGUAUUUUGUCAGCUUUGUUAUCCAGUUCCAGUUCCAUAAAGCUUUAUGUGAGGAGGCGGGACAGACAGGGCCACUUUAUCAGUGUGACAUUUAUCAGUCAAAAGAAGCGGGCAAGAAACUGGGUGACAUGCUUAGGUUAGGGUCUGCUUAUCCAUGGCAACAUGCAAUGGAGAAAUUAACAGGGAGCCGGAAGAUGGAUGUGGGACCUUUGAUUGAGUACUUUAGACCCUUGUUGGAUUGGCUGAAGGUCCAGAACGUAAACGAGACAGGUGGCUGGAUGGAGGAAUGUCCUGCUUUUCUAAAUAAAGUAGAUACAAACAUGGCUGAACAAUGGCUAAAGAAGAAUGACGAGCUAGCUCAGAUAAAACUCAGCGAGGAGAGUGAAGUAGAAUGGAUGUAUGCAACAAACAUUACAGACAAAAACGCACGGAAACAGGUAGAAGCACGGAUUAAACUCGAUAAUUAUUUAAAAGAUUCGGCAAGACAAGCAUCUUACUUACUUCGAGCUCUUAACAUCUCAAAAACUACGAGAACUGGACGGGAGUUGUUCAAAGUAUCUGACAUUGGAACAAGUGCCCUUACGGACAAGUCCAAACUGAAAAAGUUGAAUGAACUACAGUCAGAAAUUGAAGGAAUCUACGGAAAAGCUCAUUUCUGUGUGAACAAUGAUACUUGUUUAUCUCUUGACCCGGAUAUGUAUAGAAUAAUGUCAACAUCCCGAAACUUCACGGAACUAAGAAUGAUCUGGAAAGGAUGGCGGGACGUCAGUGGAAAGAAAAUGAAGAAUAAAUACGCUGAGUUUGUCAAACUUAGUAAUGAAGGAAUCAAGGAACUUAAUAUGGGAUCUAAUGACACUGGGGAGUAUUGGAGGUCAAAAUAUGAAAGUGCAACAUUCCAGGAAGAUCUAAAGCAUCUUUUAGAACAAUUGAAACCAUUGUAUGAAGAUCUCCAUACCUAUGUACGUAAGAGGCUGAGAAAGCAGUAUGGAACAGAGAAUUUCCCUGUGUCUGGUCAUAUCCCGGCUCACUUACUAGGGAAUAUGUGGGCUCAAGAAUGGCAAAAUAUUUACGACUUGGUGAUACCAUUUAGAAAUAAACCAAAUAUAGAUAUCACCCCUGUAUUAAAUGAAAGGAAUUUCACGGCACUCCAAAUGUUUAAAACAGCCGAAAAUUUCUUUACGUCCCUGGGUUUGAAGCCAAUGCCUGAGACGUUUUGGAACAAGUCAAUGAUCAUAAAACCUGAGGGCAGAGAAGCUGUGUGUCAUGCUUCUGCGUGGGAUUUCUAUAAUCAAAAGGAUUUCAGAAUCAAAAUGUGCACUGACGUCACAAUGGAGGACCUGAUAACCAUUCAUCACGAGAUGGGACACAUUCAGUACUACCUUCAGUAUAAGGAUCUCCCAGUGGCCUUCAGAGAAGGCGCCAAUCCAGGUUUCCACGAAGCAAUAGGCGAUACCAUGGCUCUAUCUGUUGCAACACCAAAACACUUGCAUAAAAUAGGACUUUUGAAAAAUCUUGUAAAUGAUACAGAAACAGAUAUUAAUUUCCUGAUGAAAAUGGCACUGGAGAAGAUCGCUUUUCUCCCCUUUGGGUACCUCAUUGACCAGUGGAGAUGGAGUGUUUUCAGUGGAGAGACGCCCAAAGACAAAUACAACCAAAAGUGGUGGGAUCUAAGGUGUCAGUAUCAAGGUAUCACUCCACCUGUGGAGAGGUCUGAAGAGGAUUUUGAUCCCGGAGCUAAAUACCACAUUCCUUCAAACACCCCUUACAUCAGGUACUUUGUGAGUUUUGUGAUACAGUUCCAGUUUCAUAAGUCUUUGUGUGAAGCGGCCGGACAGACGGGUCCUCUGUAUCAAUGUGAUAUCUAUCAGUCUAAAGCAGCAGGACAAAAAUUAAGAAACCUGCUAAAAGCGGGAUCUUCCAAACCUUGGCCAGAGAUAAUGAGAGAAUUGACAGGGCAAUCCAAAAUGGAUGUCUCUGCAAUUUUAGAGUACUUUAAACCUUUGCAUGUGUGGCUAAAGGAGCAAAAUAAAGGCGAAAUGAAAGGAUGGGAGAAGAAUUGUAACAGGUUUACGUAUGGACAGUUGUUCAGCUUUUGGUUGAAGAACUAUGAAGAUAGGGCUCAAACAGAGUUUCACAACAACAUGAAAGCAAUUUUUGAAUAUGAAUCAAAUAUAACCGAUUAUAACGAAGGAAAAAAGAGAGAAGCUUCAUUAAGGUUUACGGACUUUAGGAAAGAGGCAUAUGACUAUGUCAGACAUAUCGAUAUUCCCAAUAUUAAGAAUGAGCGACAUCGACGGUUAUUUGCAAAAAUCAAAGAUAUAGGAACAGGAGCAUUAAAAAGCAAACAAGAUCUGGGAAGGAUGGAAGACUUGGGAUCCCAGAUGAUAAAUAUAUACAGCUCUGCUAAGGUUUCUGUGAAUGGCGUUAUAAAGGAACUAGAACCAGGUUUAACGAGGAUUUUAACCGAAUCCUCGAAUUAUGAUGAACUCCUUCAAGUGUGGAAAGGAUUUCGAGUUGCCACGGGACCUGCCAUUCGACCCUUGUACGUGGAGUUCGUUUAUCUAGCAAACAAAGCCAUCAGGGAUCUGGGCUAUAAAGAUUAUGGGCAAUGGGAGAGACGAAGCUUUGACAUGGAGACUUUGCCACAGGAAGUUGAGAAGAUUUUAAAUGGAAUGAUGCCAAUGUAUCGUAAUCUUCAUGCCUACGCAAGAAAGAAACUGAUGACGGCGUAUGGUGCUAAUAAAUUUCCUGAAACUGGACACAUUCCAGCCCAUUUGCUCGGAAAUAUGUGGGCACAGAAGUGGGACAAUAUUUACCGGUUACUCCAGCCGUAUAAGAACUCCGAGCUGAUUGACGUCACUCAGGAACUGGUCCGACAGAACUAUACAGUCGAUAGGAUGUUCAGAACGGCUGAGAACUUCUUCGUGUCCCUAGGAAUGGACAGAAUGACGGAUAAAUUCUGGAACCUUUCUAUGUUAACAAAGCCGUCCAACAGAAAGGUGCUAUGUCACGCUGGCGCCUACGAUAUGUUCUCAGACAAAGAUUUCAGGAUAAAGAUGUGCACGGUUAAGACUCAUGAGAGUUUGAUAGUGAUUCAUCAUGAGAUGGGACACAUCCAGUACUUCAUGCAUUACGAGAACCAGCCCGUUAAUUUUAGAGAUGGAGCAAAUCCUGGUUUCCAUGAAGCCAUAGGAGACACGAUAUCUCUGUCUGUACAGACCCCUGGGCACCUCCAAAAGAUAAACUUGCUAAAUACAACCAGUACAAACAAUGAAUCGGAUUUAAAUUUCCUGAUGAAAAUGGCAUUAGAGAAGAUUGCAUUCCUUCCAUUUGCUUUCGUGAUGGACAACUGGAGAUGGGGUGUGUUUAGCAGAGAAAUCAGUCCUGAUGAUUUCAAUUCCAAAUGGUGGCAACUCAGGUGCAAAUAUCAGGGAAUCUCCCCACCUAUCAGAAGAACGGAGAGCGACUUUGAUCCCGGAGCAAAAUAUCACAUUCCAGCUAAUUAUCAAUAUAUUUCAUAUUUUAUGAGUUAUAUCAUGCAGUUCCAAUUCCACAAAGCUCUUUGCAAUGCUUCUGGACAUACGGGUCCUUUGCACACCUGUGAUAUAUAUCAAUCUAAAGAAGCAGGAAAGCUGCUAAGUGACAUGUUAAGGCUAGGAUCGUCCGUGCCCUGGCGUGAUGCUAUGGAGAAAAUAACUGGGCAGCGGAAUGUAGAUAUUGGUCCACUUCUCGAGUACUUUAAGCCCUUAAAUGAUUGGCUAGAAAAAGAGGUCAAGGACGAACGUAAAACCUGGACCGACGAGUGUCCAAACUUGCCUCCACCUGAACCUGUGACUGGGAGCAAAAGUGAUAUAAAUAGCGCUUCAUUUAUACAGGCAUCCAUAUAUACAAUCAUCUUGAUGAUAGCAACAGUUUUAUUACCAUUCGUAACCUGACAUUGAUUUUUUUAUACUAUAAGAAUAAUAUUUUAUCCAUGCUUUAGGAAAGCAAUA